AUGGGAUCGUCAUCGGCGUUCUUCGUCAUCUGCAUUCUCCACUCCAUCAUCGCCGUCACGAGUGGAGCUCUCAUGAUGUUCUACAUGAAAGAGGUCUACACCUUCGGCCACGGCGUUCAAACGGCGACCAAGCUUCUCGGAUCCACGCCGCACGAUCAGCUCCUCAUCAAGACCUCCGAUUCGUUCUCCGGUUUGCUGCUUGUGGCUAUUGGAUUUCUCAUUUUCAUGGUUUCGUUUGUUAAGGAUCGCGAUUUUCAACACUUGUUUGCUAAGGGGUGUGUUUUGUUGCAUGUGUUUAUGGCGUUGUGGAGGAUCUACUUUGAAAGGAAGGUGGAGGAUCUUGCUUGGGAUUGGCUUAGGCAAACUGUUGGUGAUGUUCUCUUGGCACUUUCUUGGGUUUUCUUCCUUAUUUACUCCUGGAGAGAGAAGUAUGAUUAG